AUGGCUCGUCGUCUUACAAAAGAACUCGCCGAAUUUGAAAGGAGCUCACCCGAUUGGUGUACUGUCAGUGCCGUUGAUGACGAUCUUAUGCACUGGAACGCUAUGCUUGUUGGUCCCGAAAAUUCACCAUACUCUGGUGGUGUGUUUAACUUGGAUCUGCAAUUUCCUAGUGAAUAUCCCUUCAAGGCUCCAAAGGUGCGCUUUCUCACUCGGGUCUAUCAUCCUAAUGUGAAGUCACAGUCUGGUGAAAUUUGUGCUGAUAUUAUCAAUGAGAAUUGGGGACCGACGCUUAAUGUGCUGCAUUGCCUCACAGCUAUCAAGCAGAUACUGGAACAGCCAGACAUGGACAGCCCAUUAGAGCCGGACAUCGCCAAGCAAAUGCACGAGAGCAGGGCGGACUUUGAAAAGACGGCGGAGGACUGGACGAAGCAUGGCGGUGGCUACUGCAGCGAAGCGCACUCGUACGUAGUGGCGUUGAGCACUGCACAGGCAGCAUCAGAUGAGCCAUCUAAAGACUCCAACAAUCAAACCGAAAAAUCAUCAGCAAGAGAUACAGACUUAGAAUUACCGUCGCCUCAGCCAUUUGAACUACUAAUUUUGCAGCAUGGCGAUUCACUUAAUCCGUCGUUCAUCCGAGACUUGACAAAGGACAUGGCGGCCAAGCUAAAGAAGCACUGGAUUGACGAAAGCGAAUUUUACUGGAGAUACAAACAUGAUCAAGUUGAUCUCGCUAUUUGUCAUUCAGAACCAGGAGCAUGGGAACCUGCACGCUAUACGACGUCGCGCUGUCCACCACGAAACGCACUCUACAAAGUCGGACGUACUAUGUUUGAGACAGAUCGAGUGCCACAUGGAUGGACUGAUAGAAUGAACAAGAUGGAUGAGAUCUGGGUCCCCACAAAAUUCCAGGAGAAAGUGUUUGUAAGUGGCGGAGUAAGACCUGAAGCUAUCAAGGUCGUCCCAGAGGUUGUAGAUGUAGAGUUUUUUGACCCUGACAAAGUGAUGGAACCUUAUGACCUGGCCAGUGACUUAGAAUUUGCAAUGACGACCAAGACGACAGUGUUCUUGUCUAUUUUCAAAUGGGAAGAGAGGAAAGCGUGGAAAGUGCUGCUUAAAGCAUAUGUGGAGACAUUUACAGCAGUGGAUGACGUUGUUCUUGUGCUGCUUACGAAUGGUUACCACACGGCUUUGUCAUCGGCUGAUGAUUUUAGAACUGUUAUCAACAAAUUCACAAUUGAAGUGGCUGGAAAUAAGAUGAAAGAGCUACCGCACAUUCACGUACUUCCAUCUCACGUACCUCAAAAAUCCUUGCCGUCAUUGUAUAAGGCUGCCAAUGCUUUUGUCCUUCCUUCGCGUGGUGAAGGAUGGGGUCGACCCCAUGUUGAGGCGAUGGCAAUGGAGCUUCCUGUCAUUGCUACUUUCUGGAGCGGCACAACGGCUUACAUGACCGAAGAAAACUCGUACCCACUCAGAGUUUCCAGACUGAUUGAGAUUGAGGAGGGAGCAUUUAAAGGUCAUAAGUGGGCAGACCCAUGUGUGGAACAUCUCAAGGAGCUUCUUCUUCGAGUUAAGAACCAUCCAAAGGAAGCUGUUGCUAAGGGCAAACAAGCUCGUAAGGACAUGGUUAAGAACUACUCAUCAAAUAUUGUAGGAGAGAUUGUUCUCGGUCAUGUCAAUCGAAUUUUAGGGCAGGUUGCUGCACGAAAAGAAGCGGAAUAUGUAGCAAACCAUGAAGAGCUGUAA